UGCCAAACUAUUUACUACCUCCUUAUGAGGAAGUGGUGAACCGACCUCCAACUCCUCCCCCACCAUACAGUGCCUUCCAACUACAGCAGCAGCAGCUGUCUGCACAGUGUGGCCCUGCAGGCGGCAGUCCCCCAGGUGCUGAUCCCGCCAGGGGCUCCCAGGGGGCCCAGAGCAGCCCCUUGUCAGGGCCCAGCCGAAGCAGCACAAGACCCCCGAGCAUCAUCGCUGACCCUGAGCCCUCCAACAUCGACAUGCCAGACCACCCAGCAGCCCCCAAAGCCCCUGGAAUGGAGCCCAGCGGCUCUGUGGCUGACUUGGGGGAGCUGGCCCCUGGGGCCUUCCUGGACAAAGAUUCCGAAUGUAAGGAGGAGCUGCUGAAAGAUUACAGCUGCGAGCAGGGCAGCGCCCUCCCCGACAGCAAGGACAAGACGCCUGGCAGACAUCGCCGCUUCACGGGUGACUCGGGCAUUGAGGUGUGUGUGUGCAACCGGGGCCACCACGACGACAACCUCAAAGAGUUCAGCACACUU